CGGCGGCGGCGAUGGCCGGACAGGACGGCCGCUCGCUAUACGCCAAGUCUAAUGUGAUGCAAAAGUUUUCAACGCUUCCCCGAAAUGCGGGCAAUAGUUCCCAGUCGUCGUCGGGUUCGUCCCGAUCGGCGUCCAGGGGUCGGGCGCCUCCCGCCCCACCCAAACGCGACCCGACCACCACUUUGUCCAUCAGCAGAGCCCGCGCCCGAUCUCUUCUCCUACCAAACACUUCGGGCUCGUCGGGCGGAACGAGUGGCCAGAAUCGGGGCGAAUCGGGAAACGGCGGCAACGAUUACGACUCGGAGGGCCGGUCGACGAAGAGCUCGUCCCCGACCACAUCCAUCGAGUCGAUGAUUGUGAACAAUAAGGCCGGCGGAGCCGCAGCACCCGGCAGUGCCGCCAAUAAAGUGGCCAGCAUUAGGUCCUCGCGUCAAACGCGCCGCAUAUCCAGCUAUGAGUUGGAAGAGUUCUUCAGCCGCCAGACCGACGACAACGACGCCAACCGUACGAAGACUUUCGAGUCGAUGACAGCCCUGAAGAAGAAGAAGGGAAAGUCAGGUCAGGCGUUGCACAAGAACUUCAACUCCACGCCAGACAUACAAAAACAAUUGGCCGAACAGUUGGCCAAACAGUCGGCCCACGGGAUGAGCGCUUCGGAGGAGGAGCUCUUCUACAGUACCGGUGUUUACGCCCAGACAGUGGCCCUCAGAGGUGGCAAAAUCAUUGCCGUCGACGGCGCAGAGCCCGAGUUGAGCACCAAUUUUGACGCCAACGGCUCCGGACAAUCGCGGGCACCGGCGCCCACUUACCCGCCACCGCCGCCACCACCCGCUGGUCAGCUCCAGACGUCAGUG